ACUAUGCAGGAAGCUUCCAACCAUACAGCAGUGAGUGGCUGUUUCAUCGCGAACAUUUUUACUUUUGAAAAGCAUUUAAGGAUAAUGGUACGGUGACUGAUACUGCGCACCUCUUGACCCACGUGGGCGGGCUACCUUAACCGAACACCGCACCUUUGGCCACCCUUCCGCUCUUCAUUCAUAUAGAUCAUCGACCAUUGUACCGGUGCGGCGACUGUUACGCCUUCAUGUCAAAACCAUACUCGCUAUUCCACCAUGAAGAUUGCCGUACUUCAAUUCAGCCCGUCCUUGGGGAUGGUUGAGCAGAACAUGUUGCGGGCGCAACAGAUUCUCGAAGCACAUCCCGGACCCAUGGACCUGCUCGUACUUCCAGAAAUGGCUUUCAGCGGCUACAACUUUCCCAGUCGCGAUGCCAUCUUUCCAUUUUUGGAACCCACGACUGCCGGACCUACGACGCAAUGGGCGCAGAAAAUCGCUCAGCAGAGGCAAUGUACUGUCAUUGUCGGGUAUCCCGAGUUUGCCAAAGACGAAACAACCAGCAAGACGACGAAUUACAACUCCACCGUCACUGUUGGCCCAGAUGGACGCAUUCUCGCUAAUUACCGCAAAUCGUUCCUUUACUACACAGACGAAACCUGGGCCGAGGAAGGUUUUCGAUCGCAACGCGCGGGCAAGCUUUUCUUUACUGGGUUUAUCCCACCACUAGGCGUCAAUAUCGGUCACGGCAUUUGUAUGGACAUCAAUCCGUACCAGUUCACUGCUGACUGGGCCAAGUACGAAUUCGCGACUAGCAUGCUCACCAAUAAUGUGCGAUAUGUCAUUCUAAGCAUGGCAUGGCUGACACGACUACUUCAUGAGGAUGUGGUGGCCGAUCCCAACCGGCCAGACAUGGAGACGGUAGCGUACUGGCUGGAGCGCUUUUGGCCUUUCAUGGACUCGCAGCCUCGAGAACCUAUUGUGGUUGUCUUUGCAAAUCGGUGCGGGUCUGAGGGCACGCAGACGGGCAUGAUGAAGCUCGAGAAUGGUAACGACACUCCGCUUGGCGAUCGUGUCUCGUACGCUGGCAGCAGUUGCAUCAUGAGAUUCCAAAGUGGGUCUGUCAAAUUGUGGGAAAACCUUGCCAGCGCGACGAAGGAAGUAGGACUUAUGGGAAAGGGAGAGGAAGCCAUGCUGAUUGUCGACACAAACAUCCCUGCGAGUUUUUCGCUCCAGAAUUCAAAGCCGCCAAUGGGACAAGCAGGAAGACGAUGAAAAUUCCGAGCUCAAGUACUUGUUGUAUUCAAUAUUCUGAUGCUGUUGACCAGCACAAAGCACUUUCAUGAGGCACAUGUCGAAGUCGCACCGCAGGCUGUAUUGUAGCUGUUUGGAAUAGACGACUGAUCCAGGCAUGUCCGGUUUGAUACCCGUAGUUUUGAAAUUUGUUUGAAAUUCAUGGUCAGGCCAUUCUUUAGUGGCUAUUGUCCAGAUGAUAGAGCAUACCGUCGCCCUCGCGAUCAAACGCCGUUGGUCCCCAUUGCAAUGCGUAACACCCACUGUUCUCGACACCAGAUGUUCCCGACUACAGUGCCAUCGCUGUCGCACUGCAACCCAUUGCCGUGAACCUCUUCCCAAACUGUCCUUCCAACGAAUUGUUCAAAUAC